AUGUUUUUUUUUAAAAAUGCUAGAAGAUGUUGUUUUUACACCAAAAUAUAUGAAAAUAUAAAUAUUGUGAAGCGUGUGAAAUUGGAGGGGAGGGGUUCCCCCGCUGAUCAAGGGGGAGGUUCGAAGUUUCGGACAACUGAGCCAGAACAGUCAUGUGCCGCGGGGAAGGAACAGAAGAAAGAGUGCAGUCCCUCCUUGAAGGACAUCAAGAAGGAUAAAAGUAAACAGUUUUACAGACAUGUGUAUCAAAAAAUAAAACAGAAGAAUGUUAAGUUGGGAAACUAUGAGGAGGGUUCGUCAGAUGACUUUCUUGACAGAGGAGAGGCAGAAGAAGAUGCAGGAGAAGGCGCCCCCUUGGAGGAGCACACGCAGGAGGGAAGUGGAAAAGACGUGCCCAGGAAAAGGCACCCCAGAUUUGGUGCAACCACAAGUGAAGACAAAACGGGAAUAUCGGAGAAAUGGCACCAAAGGGGAGACACAAUUUGGAAAGAAAAAGUAGCGCCACCAUUAACCCUCCAACGGGGCAUUCAAAGUGGGAAAGGCAAAAGCAUCAAGGGGGAGAAAUAUCUGAAGGUGAAAAAUAACUAUUUAAAACGUAAGGAUGUGUAUUUGAAGGUUAAGGACGGUCAUGUAAGUCGGCACGGUAAAGACGGUAGAGAUCGGCAAGGGAAAGGUUCACCCGCAAAGUGGAGUGCAGUUCUGACAAAUCUCCCCUUGCGAUCCAGGGGAUAUAAAUCCAAGGGGGAAAAAAAGGAGGGAGGACCCGAAGGGACAAUGGCUCAUCACUAUCGAGAAGGAGAUUCACUGGACGCCAUGCCAAACAGAACAGAAGAAGGGAUGGAAAUAAAAAGAGUUGUUAAAAACGAAUGGGGAAAUGGAAACCUUAAAAGUAAAAGCUCUUUCAGUGGAAAUGGAAACCAUACAAAUAAACAGCUGCUCUACCUCCCCUAUAAUGAUAAAAAUAAGUUACUCAAAGAUUCAACAAAUGGAAAAGAUAAUAAAGAGAACAUUCCUUUUGACUCCAAAUCGGAGAAGGCAAAAAAUGUGAAGGGACAAUCCCAAGCAGAUGCCGAAGUAGCGAAUAAAAAUUACAUCGAUGUGGAAUAUGAACAAUAUUGGGAUAGCGAAAAGAUACAAAAAGUUUUACAGCUACAAAAAAAUGGGGAGAAAAAUUUAAAGAAUAAAUUAUUCAAAGGAGUAUUAUGUGUAUCCCCUUAUGAUACGAGCAAGUGUGUUGUGGUCAGUGAAGAAGAUCCCUUGCAUUUUUUGAAAAAGGACGCUUUUACCAUUUAUGGCUAUAUUAGCCGCAACAGAGCACUGAACGAGGAUGUAGUGUAUGCCUAUACGGCUCGAAGGAAAAUCAAACGAUCUGGACAUUUAGAAAAUGAGGAGGAGAUUCUCGAAGCGAGUCAAGAGGGUACCAUCUCGGUGAGCGAAAAGGAGGAAGAAAAAAAGGAACAUUUUUGCAGAGUUGUUAACAUCGUUGAACGGAGGAAUGCCCCAAUUGUGUGCACCUUGAAUUAUUUAAAUAUCAGCAAAAGCAUAAACAACACCUUUGUCAGGAAGGACGCACCACAGUUGAGAAGUGAAAAAUUUAUGAGCAAUCCUCCCAAUGCAAAAACGCCCAACAGGGAAGGAAGUAACAUGGAGUAUGACCCCAAGGAUGAAGAACCCCCGCCUAGGAAGACACUCAAAAAAGGCCAUAGAGAAAACACCCCCCUGUGUGCCAAGGUACAGCCCAUUGACCCUAGAUUACCCUGCUUCAUAUACGACGGCUCCAGUUGCAUGUUAAACAGAUUGUUGCACUAUUUCAAGAGAAAGAAAAUAAAUUUGUACGUCCUGGUGAAGUUUAAAAAAUGGGACACACACCAGAUCAAUCCAUCUGGAAGCAUCACUACCAUUUUAGGAAAUGAAAAAAACUUUUUGGGAGUCAUUUAUUUUUUUAUCCAUUUUUACAAAAUACAUUUUCACAUUUAUGAGAGGAGCGAUAUGUCUUAUUUGAAGAACAAAAUGGAGGUGAACGACAAAGUCCUCGCAGCUUUGGCCAACCGCCAGUGUGGUGCGUCGGCAGUCCAAGGUGAGACAAGCGAUGGAAAGGGGGAAGCAACAUCAGGGGGAGCAGCAUCAGGCGAAGCAGUAUCCGGGGCAAUAAUACACCGAGGAAGAGACUCCCCUACUAUCCUCGAGCACCGGCUAAAAAUGGCCUACUUGAAAAACAUCCAAGAAAAUAAUAAGCGUAUCGAAAAGUACAUGUUAAAAAGCUUCCUUAAAAAUAGGGAAAUUAUUACCAACCUGGAUAUAUUUACCAUAGACCCUCCGAGUGCAAAGGAUCUGGAUGACGCUCUGUCCAUCGAAUUUGUCGGAAGCGACACGAAUGCUGCAAAUGCUUUUGAGUACAGAAUAGGGGUGCACAUUUCUGACGUCUCCUUCUUCGUGACCCCCGACUCGUACUACGACAGGGUGGCUUCCAAAGUGUGUAACACGAUAUAUAUGGACCUAAUGGUCAUCCACAUGCUCCCCUCCAUUUUGAGUGAAGAAAUUUGUUCCCUGAACACCCAGGGCGAGAAGCUGUCGUUUUCGGUCUUUUUCCGCCUGAGCAGUCGGGCGAAUCCGUACGACGUUGUGAAGGGGGAGAUCGUAGAAAGUGACGAAAAUGUGAAAAACGAAGAAAGAGACAAAAUGGGCAGAAGUGAAAAAAGCGCAAGGAAUGAAAAUGGUAUAGAAAUUAUGAAGAGCCUAAUCAAAAGCAAGCACAAACUGAACUACGAUACCGUUGAGGAUUUCCUGGACGAUGUGUACGGCAGCCUUCACGAGAGCAAUAACAAUAUAAAGGAAAAGGAAGAAGAUAUUUUAGUGAGGGGGAAUCUCCCAUUAAGCUGUUUCCCCUUUAUUGUAAAUUUUGAAGCAACGUGCGAGAGGUAUGGUCUGAGUGCCAAGUUGGGAAGCGACAUCUUUCGAUUAUUCUUGUUGUCCAAAAUGCUGAAGGAGAAGACUGGACGGAAGAGCGUCAACUCCAAGCCGUCCUUGUUAUUUUUGUUUAAUGAAGCAGACACGAGUGGGUCCUGUGCGCGCGAUAGAGAGGUGCCUAUCGGGGUGGAAGAACUGGAGAAGUUUUAUCCAGAGGGAGGAGACAAUCUUAGUGGCAUGAUUAGUAGCCACUUUAACGGUGAUGCUGUUAACGAGCGCUUGCAGGCCUUCUUGAAGAAGAAGAACGUGCAAGCCCUUCUGGACGAAAUGGACGUGGAAAAUAUUAGCGUGGAGAAAGUCGAAUACAAAGCAAAGAGCCACAUGCUAAUAGAAGAAAUGAUGAUAUUAACAAAUUUUUUAAUAGCCAAUAAAAUUAGCCAAAGUAAAAAAUUGGGAAUCCUGAGGAUACAUGAAAAUACCUCCGACGAGAUAAAGAAUAAUCUCCUUCACAUUAUUGACCAUAACACGUACAGUCGAAUUGAUGGCCUGAUUGACGUAAAAAGAAGCAGCAUUAACGACAUUUUAAACGUUUGCGAAGAAAUUUUGGACACUAAUCAGCUGAUGUGCAUGCAGUACAACAUUUUGAAACACUACAAGGAGGCCAUAUACAUCCCCUACACAGAAGGGGAGAAGAAGACGCAUCACUUUGGCUUAGCACUGAACAAAUAUAUUCAUUUCACCUCCCCCAUAAGGAGAUAUAUCGAUAUUAUUACACACAGAAUUUUAGGUACUAUCGUGGAAGACGACGAGAAGGGGUUAACUUACAGCUACGAGGACUUGAAGAGAAUUUGCGACCAAUGCAAUUUUCAGAAAAAAAAAACGGACGAGGCUCAGAUUCAUUUGAAGAAUGUCCUCCUUAAUCGAUAUCUCUUAUAUUUGAACGAAGCCUACAAAGGGGAGAAGCGAGUGGUGGGGAAUGCGCGUAACGCGGCUGCCAGAGAUGGAGGCAAUCUCAGUUCGAAAGAUGUGUCACUAUGUGUGCUUCACUCAGAGGAGGGAAGGACCCCCCAUGAUAACAGCUCACAGGGCAUGUCCCCCUUUGAAAAGAAGAAGCACCCAGUGAACAAGCCCCAGAGGAAAGAAACGGAUCACCUUAUCGACAAAGAAAGUGAACUGGACGAAUCCCGUGAACCUAUUAAGAAGUACUUCUACAUGAGGGAUGGCCUUAUAUGCUUCCCAACGGAAGCCUACAUUCAAGAAAUCGUCAUAACGAAAAUCGCAAAAGAGAGCAUAUGCCUGAAUAUACUAUUUAAAAAUUAUAUUGAUGUGGAUGUAAUGGACGACCCUGAUGAGGAGUAUACGGCGAAGACCUACACGUACACAUCCUACGUGUUGGACUCAUCCAAGGGAAGUAACCCUAUUAGCAGCUACCCAGUGGAAAAGAGCACUUUGAUCACUGACCGCCUGAAGCUCAUAAUUGAGGCCAGUGACGAAAUGAACACCGCCAAUCACAAUAGAGAAGAAAACGCCAAGUGUAAAUUUAAAAAAAGCCCAAUUGAGAAUGGCAAAUUGAAAAAUGCAAUCGUCUUUUAUGUGCCCUUGUUAGAAACAGAGAAGUCAAUCAGUGACAGCUUGCUAAAUCUGACGUUCGAAUUUAUUUCUGUAUCAUAUGAAGAAAGUACCUUUGUAUUUGAUUUAUCAACAGGGGUGCUGUACAGGGUGGGCGGAGAUGCGACUGCCAUGAAUGAGGCUCGCAGCGCUGGGCCUCUGGAGGGGGCCGCGAAAGAGGAAGAGCAGACAGCGGAAAGGCAAUCAGAGGAGCACGCCGUUCAAAACAGAACAACUCUGCAAAUCCCAAAUAUCCUCAAAAAAAUAAAAAAUUCUCAAUUUAUCGUUAAUUACCAAGUACUAAAACUUGAUGAGAAAGAGGCCUUUCAAAAAAUUUAUGACGUUCUGUAUAUCCAUGACGUUUUCUUCAAGCGGGUUGAAGAAGAAAAAUCAAGAGGGAGUCCCAGAGGAGGUCUGCACCAUGAGAGUUUUUCCACCGAUGAACAUAAUAAACGAGGUGUUGGUCUGAUGGAAAACCCUGCUCCUUUCGGUGGAGAAAAAAUCGAAAGGGAUAAAGCAUCAAAUGAAGAUGGAGGAAAGACGGGGUGUGUUGAAGAGGGGCCUACGGAGCAGUAUGAAACGAUAAGCAGGUUUCAGAAGAAGGAAAUUUUGAUUGUCCCCGGAUCGCAGGUGUGGACCUUGCGCUUGGCAUGA